CUGGAAAUAGCAUUCAGUUUAUGUUUGUGCCUUCAACACAGCUGACACACACCAGACUCAAUUGCCUCACAUCGUUUUGUGUUCGUUUUCGUUUCUGAGCGUUUGUGUUUAUUGUUAUAAAAUUCAGUUGCAUUUUAUUUUUCUUUCCAUUGUGUCUGUCAAGCUGUUUCAAUUCAAAUUGACUUCUGAGUUUUAAAAAGAGGUUUUUACAUUUAGCCAGAGAAACGAGCAAUCCGACGAGAAGAGAAAAAAAAUAAAACGAAGAAGAAGAAGAGCAAUAGACAUAACUCGUUGUCGCAAAUAAACGUAUUUUAUCGAAAGAAGAAAAAAAAAAACAUUUGUGCGUGCGUAUAAAUUUCUUUUAUUGAGAUCAAAAUCGAGCGGAAUUAUUGUCAAAGAAUUUUUUCUCCAUGAUUCAUUGAGGUGUUCCGUUCCAUUUUCUCUAUUUGUUUUUAUUCGGUGGCAAAAAAAAACGUUUCAACGAUAAAGAAAGAAGAAGAAAAACUGUCGAAGAGAUAAAUUUCUUCAGUAUCGAUAAGUUUCAUACGAAGCGACGAUAUGCGUGUUGUUUUGAGUAAAGUCAUUGCCAAUCGACUUGCAAAUUUUUCUUUAUCAAAAAUUACGGUGUAAAGACAGAGAGAUCAAAGACAUAAUCGUUGUUUGUGGGAUGCGACGCACAAAUUCAAAUUCCGUAGAACAUUCAUCGAGAAUAGUCUGAACGUCGUGGAUCGACAUUGGUCAAAAACCGUUUAAUAGCCCCACAUAUUUCAAGUGAAGGCCAAUCAACUUUUUCUUUCCGCUCUGACUUUUGCAUAUUCCGAGUUGAUCUUCCAACGGAUUUUGUAAAUAAACGUUUUUGUUGCGCUUUCGAAUUCAUCUGCUGUGUGAUUGAAAUACGUUGAAUGAAAUCUAAAGAAAUGGCAAGCAACGGUGACAUUUGGAUUCAAUGGUUUUCCUGCUGCUUUCAUCAGCCACAGAGCCCAACGCGACGACGUCAACGUCAUCAGCGCAUGAGAAUAGAUCGAUCGAUGAUCGGCCAUCCCACGAAUUUCGUGCAUACCGGUCAUAUAGGGUCGAACGACACUGAGCUCACUCCGAAUCACAUAAAUGCGAUCCAAAGUCAGAUGCAAAGCAAAGGCGGCUAUGAGUCGAACUCACUCAGAAUUCAGGCUUGCUGAAUCGAUUGCAGAUCUCUGGAAUGCGUUCACAUUUAAUAACAUGAAUUCACUAUUUCACUUAGUUGUACGAUGUUUUUUUUUGCUAGAUUUAAAUAUUAUUUACUUUGAAUUUUGUUAUUUUUUUCGGCAUCUAGUAAUGCAGUCGCAUAACACAAUUUCCUUUUAAAUCAUUUUUAUUUUGAACAAAAAAAAAACAGAGAAUCGUUCGAAUGACUAUACAAAGUAGGAAAAUAUUGAACAUUUAUGCAAUCACACAUUAAUCACAUUUCUCACUAGAUGAUACACCGAAAAGAUUCAUCUUUUCUUAGUUACUUAUUAUUGUGUUCCGUGUAAAGACGCAAAAAAAAAUGCAAGCAUAUUUUGUAAGCAGUAUUACAAUAUCAUUUGCGAUAUUUGCGAAAUUCGAUUUGAAUAGAUUUCAGAAAAUUUGCAUUGAAAGAAGAAAACAAGUGUGAGGAAAGGCCACCGUAGGCACAAUUUAGAUCAAGUUCACAUAUUUUGACAUACUCCAAACAUUUAGUACUUAAAAUCUGACGAUGGUGAUUCACUCGUUCAAAAGUGACCCGUGUUGACAAUUUGUCAAUAUUUGUUGAACAACAAACACAUCGACAAAAAAAAAACAAUUUUUUCAGCAUGAAAUCUUGAGAAAUUAUUUAGAAGAAUAUUUAUAUACAAAUUAUUAUGAUAAAAAUAAUUAAGCAAAUAUAGUAGCGUUGCCUUACAAUAUAAACUGCGAAUAGAAAUCAAAGUAGAAAUUCAAUAGCCAUAGAUCAUUUGGAUGAUAAAACGUACAAGCCCCAUUUUGUAAGUUUAAAACAAGACCUCGUGUAUUGGAAUUGAUUAGUUCAUUUGACAAAGGAUUACACAGAUAAAAUCAAACACACACAAAUUUUAACAUUUUCCAUUCAACAAGAUUCUUCCCGUAUGUUUUCUGCUCUCAUUUUACUCUUCAGACGAGCGGCUAACACACAAAUGUAGAUAUAUUUUAUACAAAUAAACCGUUGAAUUUAUACUUUUGAUAGUAAAUACAAAUAAAAGAAAAAUCUUUGAAAAA